GCACGCACACACAUACACACACACAUACUCUCUCUCUCUCUCUUUUCCUCUCACUGCGACAAGACGACGAUCGCAUUGCGGAGGCGAAGUUCACCCCUUGGUUGACGAAGAAGCGGCCUUAGUCGAUCUUACUCUACACUGCGCAGCCGUCCUGCAAUGUCCAUUCCCGGCCAGCCUCUCUCUGCCGCGCAUUCACCUGGCUUAAUGAGCCACUAUCACUACGCCGCAGGCCAUCACAAUCCCACCGGUUCCUCGGCGCCCUCAUUCGCCCAGCACUCGGACCAGGGCGCUGCAGCGGCAGGGCCAGGCAGCGGCGCCGUCGGCAGCGCUUCCACUGUCAAUGGCUACUCCAGCGCAGCUGCUGCUCAAAGCCCUUCCCACCACCAUCACCCCAGCCACAUGACCCAUGCGUCCGUCUCUGACGGAGCAAGCAUCCACCACCGACCCACGCAGGCAACUUACUACUCCAACCCUUACCAACCGUAUCCUUCGACGGUAGGCACGAGCGCAUUUGGUGUCACACCCGGCCUCGCAUCUUCUUCCACAGCAAUGCCUUCUUCGACUGCUUCAAGGUCAGCCUCUUCAAUGCAAGCGCCCUCGCAUCUCGUUGCCUCCCGGUCGAUGAGCCUGACGAACACGCCAUCGACAACUGGCAGCGCAAAUGGCACCCAGAAGGCAUCCAUGCGACGGCGCAAGAGCUCAAAUGAUGGCGCAAAUGCAACGGCCUCUAACGACGACGACGACUCGGACAAGGGUUCUAAAAUGAAGGCAGGGAAUGGCGAAGCGUCCGGCUCGGGCAAUGUCACAAUGUUUCAAUGCCGCGGCUUUGGCGACUGCAGAAUGGUUUUUACCAGGAGCGAGCACCUCGCUCGUCAUGUUCGAAAACACACUGGUGAGCGACCGUUUCGUUGCCAUUGCGGAAAGGCCUUUUCUCGGCUCGACAAUCUGCGCCAGCAUGCGCAGACGGUGCAUGCCGACGAGUCGGAGCGAAAUGAGGUCAUGAUGGCUGAGCUAGUUUCGCUGCACUCGAGCUUGGCUGCGUCAGCCGCUCAGUCACAGCAUGCUCACGCGCAGGUGCUUAGCAAGAGGGGCACCUCGCCAUCUUCCAACGGGGGCACACCCACCGCCGGGGGCGUCUCUGGCGUAGGUGCGGGUGCUGGUGCUGGAGGACGACGAAAGAGCUCCGUUGCAAAGGGAGCAGCUGCGAGUGCAGCGGCGGCAGCAGCAGGCAACAAGAAGCGGCUCAGCAAAGAUCAUUCGAGCAACUCGGGUCCGUCUUCGCAGGUCUCUACGCCCCUGGCAGCACCCGGCGAGGGUGGUCACAGCCCACAGAGCUACCUCUCGCCGCACCCCUCUCUUCCCUCCGCUGGGCAAGCCCAACCUAUGCCAGCCUACGGGGCUUACCCUGCCGCGUAUCCAGGCCAGCCCACCUCGGCCUCUCCACAUGGUGUCUACCCCGCUCAAGGCUAUGGAUUCCCGCAAGCAGCCCCACCCGUCGACAUGAUCCUCAAUCCGAAUCUGGCCCCUCGCUUCGGUCAGGCCUACGGUGACCCUGCCCUCUCUGCACAAGGACCUCCUGUUCCCCAUCAACAGAAUGGCGCUGCCUACUACGGCAGCAGCGGUGCCUUUGCUGAGCAAGGCUACGCCCACCCUGCCGCCCCUCCCUCCUUUGCCGCCUUCACCCCGGCUGGCCACGACGUCGCGGCCGCAGACUACCCUGGCGCAUCAACGGCGUCUUACGAACACUAUGGGAGCCAAGGGCAGACGGUAGACUCUGUCGUCGAAACGCCGACCGCUCCGGCUGCUUACCAGCUGCCAGUCGAAUGGAGGCCGUUUGAGCAGAGGCGAACGAGCUUGCAGAGUGAUGCGCUUCCGGGCAGCGACUCCCUCGAUGGCUACUCGCUGGGCGCUACGUCCCUGAGGUCCAGCUAUCAGAGUACCCUUUCGGCCCACUUGCAGAUGCGCACGCCUGUCCUGCGAAAGGGCGGCGCAGCAAGUCCGCCUGGAAGCUCGCACGGCUUGCGGCCGCCAAGCUCGGCUGGUCGCCCAGGUUCGCCUACGGAACGACCCGUGCUACCUCCUUUGUCGAGCCUCAGCCGACCUGGUACGGGUCACGGCCCACCACUGACCUCGCCAAUGGUGCCACGAACAAGCGGAAGCAGCGCGGCCGCACCGCCAUUCUCUAGCAGUGGCAGACCAUCGUCGACGAUGGACGGCUUGGCGCCCACCCUCCCAAGCCUUGGCGAUAGCCUGAGUGCCGAUGGCGAACGUCGUCCCUUCACGGCGUCUUCUAAUGCAGCAGCGUCGUCGCGUCCCGUGUCUCGAGGAUCGGUCUUGGAUCCUCCGAGCAACCUGUACGGCCUCAGUGGCGAUGCCACGGGUACACGACCUCUGUCCUCUGCUCGCCUGCCUUCUUCAUCGCUCCGGUCUGGCCUCAGCUCCUUCUCACAGGCUCGCUCCUCGCAACCGAGCACGCAAUUGCCAAGCCUCCGGGACACACCUGUCACGGCCGUGGGCGAAAGCCCUCGCAAGACAUCGCCCCCUUCUGGUAGCUCGCCUUUCCGCUUCCAGGUGCCUCCUUCGCCAAGAGACGCAGUAGGCGGCUAUGGCAGCCGGGGCGGGCUCGGCACGGGCGCCGGCAUGAGCAGCAUCGACAGGAGGCCCGUCAGCCGAGAUCGGCUCUCAUUUGGACCCCUGCCCUCGCUCGCCACGAGCUUGGGUGCCAAGCGACCAAGCAUCAGCGACGAGCGCGACUCUCCCUCUAAGCGCCUGCGACCAUUUACGAGCGGCGAUAUUCCCACACCGCCUAAGUUUGGGGAGUCUUCGGAGCGCGGAUACCGGCGUGGCGACCUACCCGAGGGCAAGGACGGCAAGGCCGCCGACGAAGCUGACGACGAGGAAUAUAGACCUCCACCAAAGACGGCCAGUGUCGUCGACAGCAGCGUCAGCGGCGCGACGAGGAGGGUGAGCAUCGCCAACCUGCUUGAUCAUCAGCGGUCGAGGAGGGAUGUCGAUGAGAGGAGGCUCACCACAGCCAAUGAUGAUCCCGAGAGAUUGACGACGAUGGGUAGCCUCUUUGAUCCCACGCCCACGCCGAGCAGGCCCGGCACUGCCUUACAGCAAAAAGUCAAGGAGGAAGACGAAAACGAUGAGCUCGCGGCCUCGCCUUGAUAAUCUGUCUGUCUCAUACACAAUCUUUCCCUUUUCUUUCCCGUUCCGAACCAAACGUCUGCGCAGCGGAGCAUCCCCAGAUGCUCCCCCUUGUUCAUGAGUGUAUCCUCUAUGUAUGCUCUCUCUU